CUGACACCACUCAGUCCGACACCACACGACACAUUGCGACUCCCACAGUCAACCCGCACCCUCUCACUGCUGUCUUCUAGUGCGCUCACGGCUCAGCGCAUGCAUUGAGCUUCCAUCCCUCGCGGUUGACAUCUUUUUUGCGCCCACACACCGCGCGGCACCGACUCCGCAUUCGGCAGGUACGCGCAAGAGGCAGUUGCGACUCAUAACCGGCAGUCGCACAACGUAUCGCGCCUUCUGUCUGUGCAGUUAGACAGAAGCGCUCGCUCGCGCUCGUUUACUAGUUAGAGGCGGCUCCAUACUUGGUGUCCGUCUGUCCGCAGUGCGACGCGCGUAAGGCAGGAUUGGGGCUUUCGUAGAGACUUUUUGAAUCUUGUUCCGCAAUAGCAUAAGCUGCACUCGUGGUAUCGUCUAUAUUGAGCCCAUCACCCGUGUCCGACACCAUGGCCGACGAGAUCCGCCGCUCCGGGCGCGCCAACAAAGGCCACCACACCAAGAACGCUGAUUCUCUCGACGAGCCGUCCCCCGUUCCAAAGGCCAAGGCGCCACCAGUUUCGGAGAAGAAGGGACAGGCGCAAAGCAAGAAGGGACAAGCAAAGGCCCAGUCGCAGCGCGCGCAGUCGACGCAAUCCUCUCAGCAAGAUGAGGAAGAGGAGGAUGCCAUCAUCCGCUGUGUCUGCGGCGACCAGCGCGACAUCCGCGGACGCCAGAUGAUCUGCUGCGACAGCUGCGAAGCCUGGCAACACAACAAGUGCUUAGGUCUCCCCGAGGGCGACUUCUGGGAGGGCAAGAGCUACUACUGCGAGCAAUGCAAGCCCGAAGACCACACCGAGCUGCUCGCUGCCAUGGCGCGUGGAGAGAGACCAUGGGCGCGCAAGAAGGGCUCCAAGCCCAAGCCCCGACCCAGCGACGUCAAGCAGGAGGCCGUCUCAGAGAAGGCCAGCACGCCUCAACAGUCGGCCACGCCCUCACAGACAGCCCAGGCACCAACUGAGGCCCCCACGCCCACGCCUGCUCCCAUCACUGUGCCGACGCCAGAAGCCUCCAACGGACAUGCAGAGUCAAAGGAGACCAAGAGCCAGCCGCAAUCGCCGCUCGGUGAGAAGCGUCGCCAUGAGCCUGCCACCGAAAAGGCCAACGCAAGCAAGAAGCGCAGAAAGUCCAGCCACCACGAGAGCAAGCCUACCCCUCAGUCAGCCUCAGUCGGCGACAUCGAUUCGCUCCCGCAAAACCAAAAGGCCGUGGCAGAGAAGCUUCGGGACACACUCGCACCAUUGAUCAGCACCGCCUCGGAGAACAGGGGAUUCCGCAUACCGGAUGGGCAGACUGCCAAAUCUUUGGCCACCAAGUACACUCUCGAAAUGAGCCAUGCCGCUUUCAACCUCUACGGGGAACCUACUGGAUCGUCUUCGCCAUACUUCACUAAAAUUCGUACCAUCAUGUUCAAUAUCAAGAAGAACACGGUGCUCGUGGAUCGCCUCCUCUCUGGAAGCUUAAAAGCUGAUGAUCUAGUCAGUAUGGAGGCUGAAGAGAUGGCGAGCGAAGACAAGCAACGUGAAUACGCAGCCAUGCGCGAAGCGGCCGAGAAGCAGAUGAUUCUGACCGAGGAGGCCGGACCGCGACUACGCAAGACUCACAAGGGCGAGGAGAUUGUCGGCGAAGACAACUUUGAGAACGAUCAUGAUGACUUUAAGCAGCCCACACUCCGCGAACGAGAGAGCAUCACCGAGGACACUGCGAUGCAGUCACCAUCCGGAACACGCCCUCCAGAGAGUCCCGCAGGUGCAUCACGAAGACCUACAGAGAUUGACACCGCCCAGUCCGAGCAUGCACGACGAGCAUCCGCCAACUUCGACAUCAACUCCGUCUUCGACAAAGUCCGAUCGCCACAGCAUGAUCAGCAGGCCUUCCUUCAGCGUCGCCAAAGCUCAAUGCACAUGCAAGACAAGCCUCCGGCUGCAGUUGAUGAUGCCGACGUCGACCGUUUGCUCAAAGACGAAGACAAUGAUGUUGAGAUGUCAGGAUACUCCUCGGACCCGACUGUUUGCUGGCAGGGCUCCAUCAACAUGCAGUCAAUGGAGCCUUUCGAUGCGGUCGCUCGAUUCGUCGCUGGUGGUGACUUCGGUCAGAUCGUGCCGUGGGAGAAGCUGCUGACCAACACCGUGGCGAUCCAAGGGCGCAUCGAAAGCGCAAAGGGAAACGACUACAUCCAGAACAUUGGUCACACCGAAAGCCAUGAAGUUUCUAUCCUGGCCGUGAGCCCUGUUACAACGGAUGGACGCACCAUCAUGGACCAUCUGUAUGAGUACUUCCAUUCACGCGGCAGAUGGGGCGUAGUACCUGUCGAAGACAACGACAUCCUGCGCGACCUCUACGUCAUUCCUAUUGAGGAGGGCGGCAGCAAUCUCCCUCCGUUCAUCGACAUGCUCGAGUACUGCACGAUCGAGACCCCUCGCAAGGAGCACAUGUUGAUCCUAGCCAUGGUCGCCAAGCUCCCCGAGAUCAAACCUCAGCUCCCGCCUACCCAACACUUUGAGCGAUACCCAGAGCAAGAGAUCGCAACCGGUCAAGUGGCCCCGCCUGUUCUCAACAAUGGCCCAUCGCCACUGAAUAACCCCCACGCCCCCCAAUUCUCCCCUGUAAGCGCCGCCUACCCACCAGGCCAGUACGGCAACCCGUUCGCCGCGCCGCCUGCAAAUAUGGUUCCUGUCCAACAACCCACGCCACCCGUCAACGGCCCACCCCAUCACCAGAUCCCCAAGGCUCUUGAGAUCCUCGGUCCUUACAUUGAUGCGCCCGUCAUUGUUACGAUCUUGGGGUCUAGCCUAUCCCAAAACUCCGUAGUCUCGGAACUGCAGAUGAUCAACUUGAGGCAUAUCGUCGAAACGGUACCUGAAGCGCGCGACAACAUUACAGUGCUUACAAACCACCUCCGCUCAAAGACUGAAUCAAAUGGACAACAGCAGGCACAGGCGUCUGGAGCCCCGUAGAUAAGGGUAUCAGAUGCGCUGGCUUCUUUGCGCAUUCGCAAGCGCUGAAUUCAAGAGUAGGAGCGGGGGUUUUCAGGUUCGGUGUUUCGAGGCGCUCGGAUGGAUGUACAGGUAUCUCGUAGCAAGGCAGGGCGAGGCCGGGGCGUGGAAGUUUGGGCGGCGCUCUCUUUCUCUUGUAUUUGAUACCCACAUGUGGUGUACCCUGUUUGUCCCAUGCGAUGAGGCAGAGCGGUUCUGCAGUCCAUUUACCUCAUUGCUUAUGUGUACGCUCAUUGCUUUUCUCUGUUUCUGUUUCAAAAUACACAUACUCUUUCGUCCAAAAACAAUGCUUUCUCC